CAAUUCCCUGAUGAACCAUCUGUAGUGGCAGCAAAGCAGUUUGCUGCUCAAAUCAGCUCAGAUCUAACCAGAUUUAAACAAAUGGGAACGGAUAUGCAAGAAUUGAAAGGGAGGAAGUCGUCUGUCUUAGAGAGAAUAAAGAAGAUGUACGCCGCAGAAGGUCGCACCGAAAAGGAAUCAACUGUGUUAGAAAUGGAGGGCUUUAGGGAGAAAUAUGGUAUAACACAGAGUCCAAAGAUGCGCCAAUUGCUAGAGGUGACCGGUGAAUGGAAUCGAGAAAUUUUAGAAAACCAACAGUUCCAAGAAAGGUUAGCUCAAGCAACUCCAAUCACUCCAAAAGAUAGAGUAAAAGUGGUGCCGUCUUUAGACUACAUAAUAGAGUCUCCCGAAGCACACCAGGAUGUGAUGCAACGUUCUAAAAUAGAACUUAUUCGACGAGAAAAAAUUGACGACUACAGGCAACGGAUGGAAGUUCACAAAGAAUAUCGUAAGCUGUUGGAGGACCGAAAGAAAAAUAUUAUAAGCCGCAGACCAUUAACGAAGCAGGAACGCGACGAUAUUCGAAAACUUUACCAGGACGCCCAAGAGAUGCGUUAUACUACUCCAACGGAAGAGGAACUCGACAACGCCUUACGAUUAUCAGAGAUGAUGGAACUUGAAGAAGCACGCGUGUCUAUGAAGGAUUCUCCAGACAGGAAUGUGGAAGUAUUACUACCGGAAACGUGUCCGACAGUGGAUAUAACCGGUGCAGUCGGAGAUGUUUUGAUUCCCGUGGAAAUCCCGAUCGAAGAAAUGGUGACCAUUAACAGUUUGGAUCGUAGUACGGCUAAAGUAGCAUUGAAAGCGUCUUUGAUACCAGCGCCUACCGAUGAUGCGGCCACAAAACUGUUGGAAUCAGGUAUUGAAGAAAUUACCAACACAUCCAUUCAACCAAUACCUCAAACUGUGGAUUCAAUGUACGAGAUCGAUUUGAAAUUGGACCGACCUAAACGACAAAACCUAAUACAAUUACAGGGAACGUCGCGUCCUUCCUGGUUCCCCGGAUUCUAUACAGUUUUUCCUGGCCCACCCGGUUUAGUGCAAGCUACAAAAUCGCCCAGUUCGACCCUGCUAACUGCACGGAGAAAAAUUCAGCCAUCCGUUGCAGAUUAGCUGGCUAAAAUUGCAAGUAUUGACAAAGUUUGCGAUGAUCUACAACAACACAAUUUUGUAGUUUGGUAUUUCUUCUGGUAGUGCUCGCGAACUUCCAUUCAACGUUUAAAUAGUAAUUAAUCAGUAAAAAGAGAGCGAUUAA